AUGGAUCCCAAUCCAUUUAGGAAUUUAAAUUUUGUUGAUCUUCUUCAAAGUCAACAAGAUAGUUCUGGUUUUGAAUCCUCUGCUCUUCCAGUAAUUGGGACACAAGCUACUGAAGGAUGCAACUUCGAAGAGAGCAGUCCUGCACAGCCUAAAGAAAGAAGGAGUUGGGGUCCAACAGAGGACGUCGUGCUCAUCAGCUCGUGGCUGAACACGAGUAAGGAUCCUGUCGUUGGGAAUGAGCAGAGGUCAGUUGCAUUCUGGAAAAGAAUUGCAACUUACUUCAACGCCAGUCCUAAGCUUGUAGGAUGUGAAAAGAGAGAGUCGUCUCAGUGCAAGCAAAGAUGA